AUGUUCCUCCACGCCGGCGCAGGCCUCCAUGGCCACGAAUUCUCAGGCCAACAGACAUCUCAACCACAACCAAGACGAUUCCCUCUGCUCCGUUCCGCACUACGACCUCUGACUGUCGAAUUCCCCGAACCCAAGCCACUGGAGGUCUCUUCCUCCUCGUCCUCGUCCUCUGGGCGGCGAUCUCUGUCCGAUGACAGCCCGCAGACAUUAGUACCUGCCCGCCGACGUCAGCUAUCGGAAGUAACAACACCCAGAAGAGAACUCUCCGUCAGGUUCCUGGACCCUCCUGUAGACUCAGCGCCAUCUCCAGCUCCCACUUUGACUGAUGACGAGUCCGUUGCUGGAUCCGACCACAGCAUCACGAGCAGCAGAAGGAGGAGACAGAAGAGACUACCGGGCGACUCGAGUCGCUUCGCCUUGGCUCAUCCCGCUCCUCACCCCCGAACACGACGAGGGACACUGGUCCAGAUCCGCCCACGAGUGCUUCUCCAGCUCCAGAGGCUCAACGAACAACGACCAGUCCCAGCCUUUGAGGUGGUCCCCUCCAGCAUCGUCUCUGGUUCCAUCAUCAUCCCCAGGCUCGCCAAACGAUUUCCCCGCUAUUUCCGCGCCAAAGCUGAGCUGGGGCCCGAUGAUAUUUUAUUUCUCCGGAGUGAAGACUAUAACUCGCCAUCAGUGAACUUGGACCCUGAUGAGGACCAUCAACUGGACAACAGAGAUAUCAUUGCAGUCGUUUCCCCUCUCCCAGAGCGGGGUGAUGACGGUGCCGAAAUUGUUUUGGAAGAUGGCACAGCAUGGACAACGAGCCUGCUAAGCAAUGGAUCAUAUGAGUUCAGAUCGGUGGAUAAUCAGGGACGAGUGACGGCCGCACGCUGGGUCAAGCGGGAAGCUCGGCCAAAGAUGAAGUCUUCAGACUACAUGGACGCUUCGCCUUCACCGAGUCCGGCUCCCCCGGAGUAUAAGUGGACUUUCAGUGUGAUCGACCCUUCGACAAGACGCCAUCCUAUCCUUGGUGUAUUAACGAAGAAUGAGCUGGAAAUUUAUCACACGUACUGCACUUUGUCCUCAUCCAGCGGUCGAAGCCCGCCGACCAAGUCUUUUGAUGUCGCCAGGAAAGAGCGCAUCUUGCGUUCAAUGACACCACCCGCAGAUGAGCGGAUGACCGUACCUGUUCCCGGAGAACACAAGCGGCUUAUGAUGGUCACUGCUAGCUGGAUCAGCCUGCGACAGGAAGGCUGGCCUGAAUCAACGCACUCGCGAAUCAGACGAGCGAUGCCAAGGUGCAGGUCAUCCAGCGUCAGCAGCAACAACACAGAUCAUCGCCGCUCUAACACCCUACCUGAAAUCUCAACGGCAGGCCUUGUUUCACGACCACCGGUGGUUCAACGAAUGUUCACCGACAGUGUCGUGGCUGGCCAGGCUCCAGAGAAGCCAGGCCUCCAGAGACGGUUGUCUGCAGGCGCAGCUUUUAUGCGCAAAAGACGAUUGUCUCUGGACCUCAGCGAAAAACCCAAUUUUGAGAUGGAUGCGGCAAGUACUUUUACAGCAAGCACAUAUGCGGCGAGUACUUACACAGCCCCCGUCCCCCCAACAUAUCCCACGACGCCCAAGGUGGCGACAUACGAACCAUACAGCACACCACUUGUCCCGACAGAGGACAAAUCAAAUACAUGCCGCCUUGUGGUGAGGCGAAUAACGCAGCGAAUCAGGCGGAUGUCAAUCAGCAACCGUUUUGGAAGCAAGUAA